UGCUCAACAAAGUCAAAGGCAUCGUCCUUCUCGAGUUCAUGACAUACGAGUAGUCAUUCUGUUUUCUUUCCCAUGCCCAUUCUUCCACGGACUGCACUGUCGCUCAUGCUGGCUUAUCAACGGUCCUUCCCUGGCGUCUCUUGCGCAUCCGCACGCCGCGCCAUCAGCAAUCGACCAGCAGUUCGCGUCCUCUGCCUGGCUGCUGCUGUUUUGCACACCAUCCCAUGCCUCGCAGCUGAUACAGGUAACCAGUACUGUUCAGCAUCUACAACCUCAGCUAGUCAGCAACACUGCAAACAACCACCGUCUACAGAGAAGGCUUCUACUCCUGUCACACAAGAGACUCGUCGCUUCUCCACAGGCAUGGCGUGGAGGGCAAACGCUAAGGAUAAUGAAGACCUUAUUGAUCAGCUAUUGAAACACAAUGUUGUCCAGUCGAAGCGGGUUGAGGAAGCCAUGCGUGCCAUCGACCGAGGUAACUACGUGUCAAAGACACGCGCGUACCAAGACGCUCCACAAACUAUAGGUUACCAUGUGACAAUCAGUGCACCACACAUGCAUGCAUACGCACUGCACAUUCUAGAAGACCAUCUCAAACCCGGCAUGACCGCUCUGGAUGUUGGCUCCGGGAGUGGCUACCUUGCGUCGUGUAUGGCCCAGAUGGUUGGGCCUACUGGUCGUGUUGUGGGAAUUGAUCACGUCAAGGAGCUGGUGGAUAUGUCCGUCACCAAUGUCAAGAAGGGGGAGGAAAGGCAAUACUUGGAAGAUGGGCGUAUGAAGCUUGUUGUUGGAGACGGGCGGCAGGGGUUUGCGGACGCUGCGCCGUUCGAUGCCAUUCACGUCGGAGCUGCUGCUGCUGAAGUACCGAAAGCGUUGCUAGAACAACUGAAGGAAGGCGGUCGUCUGGUCAUACCCGUUGGGCCGGAGCAUGGCGAUCAAUCUCUGGACCAGGCCGACAAGCUUGCUGGCGGCGAGAUCAAGUGGGAGAGGCUGAUGGGCGUACGCUACGUACCGCUGACUUCGCUCGACCACCAGCUCGGCCAUUGAUGCAUGCUUUGCCUGCUGUGUGUGUGUGUUCUACUGCUGCGCUCGCUGUGUCCGCAUCUCGUCGCAAGCUCUCAUCUGCUGAAGAGCUGGUAUUGCAAUGCAUGGUACGUAGAAUCUUGCCUGCAUGGAGCCAUGCUAGUUUUUAUUCCAGCAUGUAAUGACUAACGGCUUGGCCCGUCCUAAUCCAGGUGAGCUUCCAUGGUGACCACCGGUAUCUGUAUACGUCAUCCGGUUUGAGAGUAAUUUCAAUAUUAAUUUGAGGAGGUAUGGCUAACAGUAUAGCUAUCCCAGUUGUGUGUAGCUGGAUCGAAUUCCAGUAUCUGUUUAGAUCGAAACUAACUUGUCAGACUAAUCCUGAUCUGGAGAAGCACUUCCGGCUUCAUCAAUCAUGCUUCAUCCGGAAUAGACAAUCCCCUGAGCCCGCGUUGUUGUUGUUUUAGAAUUGAAACUGGCUGAAUUGCGUUUACACACUUUAGCACGACUAGCCUUUCACAGGAAUAGCCCACGCGAAGCUUUGCUUUGAUGAACAUGAUACCUCCCAGCCGUUGCUUUUCCCUGUACCGUUUGUACGCCCCACUCUAGAAUAGUUGUCCUGCUACCCUCGACCACGCAUGUGCGUGUGCAGCUGCUGACUAGCUUGCGCGCAUUUGAUAUCUAGUGUUUUACUCUGCAGCACGGGUGCCGUUUUGUGCACAUUCACGUGCACUAGUAUCUAUACUGCUCUUGUGAGAUUCCAGGUAAUUGGGAACUCGUGGCCUGGCACAAGGGAAACAUGGAUGCAGUGGAUGGGA